AUGGAGUUUCCAACCGCCGGUAAACACUGCGCACAAGAAAACUGCAAUCUUCUCGAUUUUCUACCAUUUACCUGCGGACAAUGCGAGAAGGUGACAUGCUUGGAACACAAAGAUUAUGCAGCACAUGAUUGCCCGGAAGCGUACAAGCUGGAUGUAAAAGUGCCGGUUUGCCAGCUAUGUAACAGCCCUGUACCCACGCGUAAAGGAGAAGACCCCAAUAUUAUUAUGAGCAAUCACAUAGACCAAGGAUGCAGGGAGAUUGAGAUAAGCAAGAAGACGUACACAAACUCCUGUAUGUUCAAGAAUUGUAAGAAGAGGGAGGCUGUGCCCAUUGCUUGUCGGACUUGUAGAAUGAAUUACUGCAUGAAGCAUCGCUUAGAGAAUUCCCAUGCAUGCGAAGCCCCAAAGAAGGACGCACCUCGUUCACGGACAGGCUUGGCUGCUGCCGAUAGAGCUAGGAUCAACCAGGAGGGAAAGCCAGAUAGCAAGGAAAGAAACUGCGUUGUAAGCUGAGGAUAAGGUCAUAUAGUAUUAGCACGGUAAUACCACGAGUCGACCUCGGAAUGAACUUCGCCAGUCUUGGCUGCGAAUUUCGGUAUUAGUUUUAGAUUAGACACCAUCUGCAAUACACUUUACCUGAAUUCGUAUGGAUCUGUAUACUCUGUAACU